UGCCGGAGCCCCUGAGCGUUCGUGGCUGAGCCGGCCCGGUCAUCAACACGCGGUGUGCGAGGGCCACCUUUAAGUUUGUGUUAUGGAUUCGUGAUGCCCCUUAAUUAGGAGCAGCUGCGAACAGAAACCUGGUAGCUGUCGUCACAGCCUCCAGGUGAAGGCUGAGAAACUGCUGCUGUGAGACCCCGACGGCUCAUCCUGACAUCUUGGAGGGGUGAACACGAGUGUGAGCUCCCACCUGCCACCACACCUGAGGCACCUGCUCUCGGUCUGCAGAGAGCCCACUGCAAGCGCCGCGGGAGGAGCUGGGCUGAAUAAAAGACCGUGCGCUCAGUGCCAGUGGCUAAUGGCCCCGAAGUGAAGAGCCAAGCGCUGCUCCGGCGGCGGCGCGGCCGGCCUGCCGCAGAUGAACCCUCCUAACUAGCGCCGAGGGGUCGGGAGGGACGGCGAGGAGGGGAGAGCCCGAGGGGCCAGCCGGGAAGACGAGGAUAGCGGUGGAUAGCGGUGUGCGGAAGAGGACGGACCCGCGAGCAGCUCCACGGCUACCUGUCGACACAUGCUGUGCUCCAUGGCUAACUCGGGCUGCCUCCUUGUCUCCAACUCAGGCAUGCUUCCUCACUCUCUCCCCUGUCCUCCAGCCUUCCUCUACCUCCAACAGGGUAACCAGGACGCCACGGCUCCACCGGACGCGAUGGCUCAGCCCUACCCCCCCGCCCAGUACCCCCCGCCCCCCCAGAACGGGAUCCCCGCAGAGUACGCCCCGCCGCACCCCCACCCCACGCAGGACUACUCGGGGCAGAGCUCGGUACCGGAGCACGCCAUGAGCCUCUACACACCAGCACAGAGCCACAGCGAGCAGCCCGGCAGCGAGGCCAGCACACAGUCCAUAGCAGGGACACAGACAGUACCGCAGACAGACGAGGCGGCACAGACAGACAGCCAGCAGCUACACUCCUCAGACAACACAGACAAGCAGCAGCCCAAGAGGUUACACGUCUCCAACAUUCCCUUUCGAUUCCGGGACCCCGACCUGCGGCAAAUGUUUGGGCAAUUCGGGAAAAUUCUGGAUGUGGAGAUCAUUUUCAAUGAGCGGGGCUCCAAGGGUUUUGGGUUUGUAACUUUUGAAACUAGCACAGAUGCCGACCGGGCACGGGAGAAGCUGAAUGGCACCAUCGUAGAGGGCCGGAAGAUUGAGGUGAACAAUGCCACGGCCCGUGUUAUGACCAACAAGAAGGUGGCCAACCCCUACACCAACGGCUGGAAGCUGAACCCGGUGGUGGGAGCAGUCUACGGCCCCGAAUUCUACGCAGUAACUGGGUUCCCGUACCCCGCCACGGGGACGGCCGUGGCGUACCGAGGGGCACACCUGCGGGGCCGAGGCCGUGCCGUGUACAACACCUUCCGCGCCGCGCCGCCGCCGCCACCCAUCCCCACCUACGGCGCGGUCGUCUACCAGGAUGGGUUCUACGGAGCUGAGAUCUACGGGGGCUAUGCUGCCUACAGGUACGCCCAGCCCGCAGCAGCAGCGGCCGCAUACAGUGACAGCUAUGGCAGAGUGUACGCAGCAGCAGACCCCUACCACCACACCAUCGGCCCCGCCGCCACCUACAGCAUUGGCACCAUGGCUAGUCUAUACCGAGGAGGGUACAGCCGCUUCACUCCCUACUAGCAAGACAGACCCAGCCCCCCCACCACUGCCCCCGAUGCUCACUAGCACCAAACCAAACCAGGCAGAGCCGAGGCCGAGCCUGCGGAGGAGCCGCGGGUGCUGCCCGGGUGGCCGGGGCUGGCGCCGGGCUCUGUGGGGCCACUGCACCCCACAGCCAUAGGGUUACCUCGUCCUGCCGCCCGCCGGCCUCUCCUGUUCCAUCCGCCCGCCCCGGGGACCGCGGGCAGCGGGGCCAGCCCUCAGCCCCAGCUGCACCCCGUUCCCACAGCCGGGAGUGGGGUCCCCUACUGCCCUGGCUGGGUGCAGAGGUACCCAGCAAGGCAGGCAGGGGUGCUCAGCCUGCAAGGAUGCUCGCUGCGGGCACUGGGGUGACAGCAGCCCCCCGAGCAGCCCCUCUGCCCCAUAGGAGAGAGAGGAGCCAGCUGGGGUUGCUGCCAGCUGUGGGGACUGGCGAGGCUGGGGUGGGUUCAGGAUCCAGGGGCUGAGUGUGAUGGGCUGGGCUGGCUGCGUGGGCUCGGUGGGCUGGGAUGGUGCCUGCGUGCCCCCAGCCAGCAGCUCAGCCUGAGAGCUCCAGCGAAAGACCUGCCUCUCUUGUUUCUGUUGUAGUGAAUCCGUGGCUGUUUCCUUCUGGGACCAGGAAGGGCAAAGAUAAUCCAAACACACACACACACACAGAAAAAAAAAAAAAAAAAAAAAGAACCCCAAAAUAUAAAAAAAUUAAAAGCAAAGCAACAAAAAGAAAAACAUAAAAAAACCCCAAACAAAAUAAAAGGAGAAACAAGUGGCAGCAGCCAAGUGAGUCCCACCUGUCCACACACACCGAGCGAGCGAGUCCCAGAGGAGCCGCGGCGAGCACCGGCGGGCGGACGCGCCGGCCGGAGGGACCCCCAGCGCCCCGGCCCCAGAGCCCAGCAGGGAGGGAGCCGGUGUAGGCAGGCGUGAGGGUCCGCGGGGCCCUCACCUGCCCAGGUGCAGGCCUGGGCGCCACGUCUUCCUUUCCCCGGCACAGCAGCGCCGGGGGUGCCGGCAGAGCGCUGCGCCCUGCCCGGCUCGUGGGGCCGGGUGACGGGGUGGGGACCCGGCCUGGCGCCCCCCGAGCCCCGGCCUGGCGGCCAUCAGCGUGUCCAGUGUGCGAGGCCUCGGCUCCGCGCGGAGCCGGGGCGGCUGCGGUGCUGAGGUAUUGCAGGGGACGACCCUCUGCCUUUUAAAGGGAAUUUUUGUUAAGAGGAGCUUGCAACUCGCUUGUGACCCCCUUCCCCUUCUUCCUCCCUCCUUCCCUGACACCUGCGCUCCCACCCAGCCUGGACCAGCCCUGACCAAAGCUGGGCCAGGCGCUGCCCCUGUCCCACUCCCGCUUGCUCUGCGGCACGGGACACGCUCACGGCCACCCGUCCCUGCCUGGGGCAGCAGGAUGGCCCCCGGCCCUGGGUGCGGGGUCUCGGCCACUGCAUCACCCGCAGGGGACCCACCCAAGUCACGAGGGCGUGGGCGCGUGGGCACUGCGGAGCCCACCCCGGGGUGCAGCGCCGUCCCGCGCCCCUGUGGCUCUGCCACUCCUCAAACCUCACUUUAUAGUCUGCAGACGCCCCCGAGCCCCAGCGAUGAGCUCCCCCUUUUCUAUUCCUGGUGUACAUAGCCCCGGCCCUGCCCCCUGUACAAAGCUCCGUCCAUCGCUGUACUGGCUUCUCCCUUACAGCACCCCUGCGCCGCCCCAGCGUGCGGCUGGCGCUGGCCCAUCCUGUAUGCUUCAAAGUGUGACCAUUCUAAUAAACAGUAUUAUUAUUAUUAUUAUUAUUAUUAUUAUUACAAGGAUUAUUAUUAUUAUUGAAAUUAUUAAUAAAGAU